ACCCGUACAAGAAAUUGUGCUGGCGAUCUGGAAUUCUGUAUGACAUUCUUUAUUUAUUUUCUUGCCCAAUAAAGACCCUCAGAAGGAAACAGAGCUUCCUUUCCCUUUCCUUAUUGGCGAAGAGGCCAGCGGCAUCUACGCCUUUUGGCGGCUAUGGGGCCACACUGCAGAGGCAUCCAAGUCUUCGAGCUUCCAUAGAAAAAGAAAAAGAGAAAGAGAAAGAGAAUCGAAGAAGAAGGAGGAAGACGAUCCUGAGGAAGAAGGAUAGAUAAGAGGAAAAUGGUGAUGCGCGAUUCUUUCCUCCAUGGCAUCCUCCUCCUUUUCUCCUUCUUCGUUUUCUUUGCCCACCACGCCGGAGCAGAUCAGGAAACAACUCCUCGAUGCAAGGCGUGGCUAGUCCAGUCUAUUCCCACCGACAUGCCCCAUCUCAAACAUGUGCCAGGCGUCCUCUCCACUGAGGAGGUGUUCCGGUGGCUCGCCGGAAACGCAACGGAGAGAUUGGACCUGAUCGUGCAGUACUGGCAGCUGGUGGCCUCGCCGGAGAACCCGCUGUCCGGCGAUUAUGGCUACUCCAGCGAGGAAAUGAAGACUUUUGGGGCUGACGCAGGCGCCGGCGUUUAUCGGGCGAUCGAAGAUGCUGCUGAUCGCAGCGUCUCCGUCAGGAUUGUGCAGCACUCUGGAGUUUAUCCUGAUUACUGCAAUGAAUCUUCCAAAUUAGCCUAUGGGAGGCCUAACGUGGAGAACGUUACACUACUCUUCGAUGAUUGGUGGGGAUCUGGCAUCGUGCAUGCCAAAGUGUGGAUAGCAGAUGGCAAAGACAUGUAUAUUGGGUCUGCCAACAAUGACUGGAAGUCUCUUACUCAGGUGAAGGAGGUCGGUGUUUAUCUUGUAGAUUGCCAUCCGAUAGCAAAGAAGGUUGAGGUCUACUUUCAGAACCUGAUGAAACUUUCCUCCCUGAAUUCUUCUACAUACUCUAAAAGAAUUUGGGACAGUGUGUGGCAAGUUCACAGAAACGUACCCUGCUGGUCACAUUUUGUGAAUGCUCGUGACAGGUGCAGGUCACCUCUCCCUGGACUUGUGGAGACACCCCAUGUUAUUGGCUAUCCAGCCCUAGAAAAUCCGUACAUGUUUGAUGUGCCAAUGAACAUGCCUGACUACAACCAUAACAUCUGUGGCAACCAUCGAAGCUAUGUAUCAUUUUCACCUCCGGAGCUUUCAUUUGGGAAGUUCCAGUCUGAUGAACAAGCAUGGAGUGACACAAUUAAAUCUGCACGCUAUAAAGGAACUGUUAGAAUUAGUACGAUGGACUGGCUUGGUCAGUCACAGUAUGUAAAACAGCCUAUUUACUGGUCAUCACUUGCAUCUGCAAUAUCAGAGGUGGUCUUCUCGAAGCAUGCAAGAGUGAAAAUUCUGGUGGCAUAUUGGGCACACAACAUUGACAGCACUGAUCAGUAUUUGAAGUCCCUCCUCUACACUAACACUCUAUGUGAGUCUUCAAGAUACAACCGAUGCACAGGUAAAGUUGAGAUAAAGUACUACAAGGUGCCUGGGUUCAACAUGACUGGAGCUGCAGUUAAUAAAGGACAAAAGACAGCAAACAUUUAUCCAGCUUACUCCAGAGUAAACCAUGGAAAAUACGCAGUCAGUGACGUUCGUGCUCAUAUUGGGACCAGCAACCUGUUAUGGGACUAUUUUUUCACGACAGCAGGUGUGAGCUUUGGCACUUAUCAUCCUGCCAUCGUUUCUCAGCUGCAAGAGAUCUUUGAUGCGGACUGGGAUUCACCAUAUUCUGUUCCAGUUGAGCCAUUAGCCAGGCCAUGGAGGACAGAAAAAUAAACACGCCACACAUUUUUCAAUAACAGAUGACUAAAAAAUGAUCCUUUUCUCUGUUUCAGUUGAUUUUCUAGUUGUGGCAGGAAGGGUGAAGCUGUCAUGGUUCAAUCAUCGUAUCGUCAUUCACUGUUCAAUUUAUGCGUAUCUUGUUUUCUCGUUUCAGGCUUAUUGUUCGUUCUGAAGCCAUUUGUACUGAUGGGGAGCCCUUUCAUGUCACAAGGAAACAUAAUUUUUUUUUACAUAAUUACUGGCAACACCAAUGAUUUAGUUCUUGAAUUUACCAUUGCCAAUUUAAUGUUUUCCUAUGGAUAAUCAAUUUGCAUAAA